AUGGCUUCUCCCGCUCCCGCAGCGCCUGCCGGCGGGCUUUCUGCUAACGACAAGAUCACCCGCUUCCCGGCGCCCAGCAGGCCGCACAGCCCGCUUCCUGCUCAUGCCCUCUUCAACGAGAAAACAAGAUGCUUCGUCUACGGCAUGCAGCCCCGCGCCGUGCAGGGCAUGCUUGACUUCGACUUCAUCUGCAAGCGCCAGGUUCCCUCGGUCGCCGCCAUCAUCUACACUUUUGGUGGCCAGUUCGUGAGCAAGAUGUACUGGGGCACCAGCGAGACGCUGCUCCCUGUCUACCAGCAGGUCGAGAAGGCCAUGGCCAAGCAUCCUGAUGUCGAUGUCGUCGUCAACUUCGCCUCGUCCCGCAGUGUCUACAGCUCCACCAUGGAGCUCAUGCAGUACCCUCAGAUCAAGACUAUUGCCAUCAUUGCCGAGGGUGUCCCGGAGCGCCGCGCUCGUGAGCUUGCCUAUGUCGCCAAGAAGAAGGGCGUCACCAUCAUUGGCCCCGCCACCGUCGGUGGCAUCAAGCCCGGCUGCUUCAAGAUUGGAAACACUGGUGGCAUGAUGGACAACAUCGUUGCUUCCAAGCUCUAUCGCAAGGGUUCCGUCGGCUACGUCUCCAAGUCCGGCGGUAUGUCCAACGAGCUCAACAACAUCAUCUCGCAGUGCACCGACGGUGUCUACGAGGGUAUCGCCAUUGGUGGUGACCGCUACCCCGGCACCACUUUCAUUGACCACCUCCUGCGCUUCCAGGCCGACCCUGAGUGCAAGAUCCUGCUGCUCCUUGGUGAGGUCGGUGGCGUUGAGGAGUACAAGGUGAUUGACGCUGUGAAGAAGGGGCUUAUUACUAAGCCCAUCGUUGCCUGGGCCAUCGGUACUUGCGCUAGCAUGUUCAAGACCGAGGUUCAGUUCGGCCACGCUGGUGCUUUCGCCAACUCCCAGCUCGAGACUGCCGCCAUGAAGAACAAGAUGAUGCGCGAGGCCGGUUUCUACGUCCCCGACACCUUUGAGGACCUCCCCAAGGUUCUCAAGGAGCUGUACGAGAAGCUUGUCAAAGAGGGUACUAUCAAGCCCCGCCCCGAGCCUCCUGUCCCCAAGAUCCCCAUGGACUACUCUUGGGCCCAGGAGCUCGGUCUCAUCCGCAAGCCGGCUGCCUUCAUCUCCACCAUCUCGGACGACCGUGGCCAGGAGCUUCUCUACGCCGGUAUGCCCAUCUCCGACGUGUUCAAGGAGAACAUUGGCAUUGGCGGCGUCAUGUCCCUCCUGUGGUUCCGUCGCCGCCUGCCUGACUAUGCCACCAAGUUCCUUGAGAUGGUUCUCAUGCUCACGGCUGACCACGGUCCGGCCGUCUCUGGUGCCAUGAACACGAUCAUCACGACACGUGCGGGCAAGGAUCUCAUCUCGUCUCUCGUGAGCGGUCUGCUUACCAUUGGCUCCCGCUUCGGUGGUGCCCUCGACGGUGCUGCCGAGGAGUUCACUCGUGCCUUCGAUAAGGGCCUCAGCCCGCGCGAGUUCGUCGACUCGAUGCGUAAGCAAAACAAGCUCAUCCCUGGCAUUGGCCACCGUGUCAAGUCACGGAACAACCCCGACCUGCGUGUCGAGCUUGUUAAGGAGUACGUCAAGGCUCACUUCCCGAGCACCAAGAUGCUCGACUAUGCGCUUGCUGUCGAGACGGUGACUACUUCCAAGAAGGACAAUCUCAUUCUCAACGUGGACGGUUGCAUUGCCGUCUGCUUCGUCGACCUGCUCCGCAACUGCGGUGCCUUCAGCCCCGAGGAGGCGGAGGACUACCUUAAGAUGGGUGUGCUCAACGGCCUGUUCGUCCUGGGUCGCAGCAUUGGUCUCAUUGCCCACCACCUCGACCAAAAGCGUCUGCGCACUGGUCUCUACCGCCACCCGUGGGACGAUAUCACAUACCUUCUGCCGAACCUGCAGCAGACUGGCCCGCCGGGCCAGGAGGGCCGUGUGGAGGUGCAGAUUUAA